AGGCUGUGUGGGCCUGGAUGGGGAGAAACAGGCUCCGACUCAACCCUUCCAAGACCAAGUGGCUGUGGCUUCCGGCAUCCUGAUAUAGCCAGCUGGUACCAUCGCUGGUUAUUGGGGGCGAAUCACUGGCCCACUCCCAUCACGGAGAGGGCUCGCAACUUAGGCGUCCUCCUGGAUGCACGGCUGUCUUUAGAAGAGCAUAUGAUGGCUGUGGCCAGGGGGGCUUUUUAUCAGGUUCGCCUGAUACGCCAGUUGCGUCCCUUUCUGGAUCAGGACUUCUUAUGCACGGUCACUCAGGCACUCGUCACUUCCCGCCUGGACUACUGCAAUGCUCUCUACAUGGGACUCCCCUUGGGGUGCACCUGGAGGCUCCAGCUGGUCCAGAAUGCGGCCGCGCAGGGGAUUGUGGGAGCGACGGGGUGCUCCCAUGUGACACCUCUCCUGCGCGAGCUGCAGUGGCUCCCGGUGGUCUUCCAGGUGCGCUUCAAGGUGUUGGUGACCACCUUUAAAGCGCUCCAUGGCUUAGGGCCAGGGUAUCUACGAGACCGCCUUCUGCUGCCAAUAGCCUCCCACCGGCCAGUACGCUCAUACAGAGAGGGCCUCCUCAGGGUGCCGUCUGCCAGACAAUGUCGGCUGGCGACCCCCAGGGGGAGAGCCUUCUCUGUGGCGGCACCCGCCCUCUGGAAUGACCUACCCCCAGAGAUACGCACGAUACCAGACCUCCAGACUUUUCGUCGGGCCCUGAAAACUCAUUUAUUUCAGCUAGCCGGGCUGGCUUGAUCCCAUCCAUUCGGUUUUAAUUUGAAAUUGGUUUUAAUUGGGUUGUUUUAAAUUGUGGGCCGAACUUAUUUAAUUACCUUUUAAACUGUUUUUUACAUUUUGUAUGCUCUGUUUUAUCUCGGCUGU